GGGGGUAGCAGAAGCAGAGAGAGCAUCGGCCGCGGUGCAUUGACAACAUUCGUUCGCACAGCCAGGGUGGAAAGCAGCAUCCGUCUACUGCAAGGAAGGCAAGGGGUGCAGACGUCGCGGCUGCCGUGCGUGCCGAGGGCGGAGCGAGCGCGAGGAACGAUUGGCGUCGCCAUAGCGACCGGAGGCGGAGUCGACGGCUCGACGGACAUGGACGCAGGCGUGCUGAUACACGCUCAGUUUGCUCAUCUCCUCUUAGCUAAAUAGCCGAAGAGCGCACCGGCAGCUGCAGCCCAGCCAGGCCCCCUUUGGUCAACAUAGCAGGGCGCACCACGUGAUCCAGUACGUUUUUGUGUGUACCGACCGCCGCCGCCGCCGACGAUGACCAUUAGCGAGGAGUGAAGUGCAAUGUGUGCUUAAUAGCAGAGCGGUAAACUUUCCCAACGUUCUUUCUUCGGUGUACACACGGACAGACCGAGAGUGACUAUAGCUGGACCCAGUGUGUGCGGUGUGUGUACUGAGGACUGUUUGUUUUUCCAAUCAGUCCGGGCGCGCGCUCUCUUAACAUUUUCCGCACCAAAACCUGUUGAAUUUGUUGGCAGAAUGAUCAGCGGCUAGCAUGCUGUCCUCGCAGAAGUUGUAUCCGGACGCGACGGCGCCCUCCUCCAGCAUGACCAACUCGUCCAUGACGCCCACCUACAGUUCGAUGAACUCGUCCAGCAUGUCGUGCGUGCCCAUGAACAGUUCGUGCUCGCCGCAGACGGCCUCCGGAGGCUUCGCGUCCAGCAUGGGCCUCGGCUCGGCCGCCGGGAUGGGCCCGAUGGGCAUGAACGGCAGCUGCAUGACCUCGUCCAUGUCGGCCGCCUACAACACCUCGAUGGGCAGCCCCGCGGCCAUGAACGGCGCCUGCAUGGCCUCCAUGGGCGGCUACCAGAGCGCCAUCAACUCGGCCUCGGCGUCCAUGGCCGCCGACACGGUGCCGCAGGGAGCGACGUCGCCCAACUCGGCGGCCGCCCUGCAAAGGGCGCGCGCCGACAAGACGUACCGCCGCAGCUACACGCACGCCAAGCCGCCCUACUCGUACAUCUCGCUCAUCACGAUGGCCAUCCAGAACUCGCCGACCAAAAUGCUGACCCUGAGCGAGAUCUACCAGUUCAUCAUGGACCUGUUCCCAUUCUACCGGCAGAACCAGCAGCGCUGGCAAAACUCGAUCCGCCACUCGCUCAGCUUCAACGACUGCUUCGUCAAGGUCCCUCGGACGCCGGACAAGCCCGGCAAAGGCUCCUUCUGGACGCUCCACCCCGACUCGGGCAACAUGUUCGAGAACGGCUGCUACCUGCGCCGCCAGAAACGCUUCAAGGACGAGAAGAAGGAGGCCGUGCGGCAGGUGCACAAGUCCACCGGCUCGGCGUCGUCCUCGGACUCGGGCAAGAAAACGCCCCACCACCACCCGGAGGAGCUCAAGGCCCUGGACAAGGAGCACCACCACCUGAUGAGUCUGCACCAGCCCAAGAUCGAGGCGUCGGACGCGAUGGCCAGCCUGAUGCACCAGCAGGACAUGCAGAACUGCCUGCAGUCGCCGGUGGCGCACCACCACCACCACCCCGGCCACGAGUCGGCCGAACUGGCCGCCAUGGUCAACCGGUGCCACCCGCACCUGACGGCCGAGCACCACCACAUGCUGCAGGCGGCCGCCGCCGCGGCCCACCUGAAGCAGGAGGCGUCGCCGUACGCCGUGGCCACGCACCCGUUCUCCAUCACGCGGCUGCUGCCCACCGAGAGCAAGUCGGACAUCAAGAUGACCUACGACAUGGCCGCGCAGUACGCGGCCGCUUCCGGCUACAACACCCUGAGUCCCAUUCCGAACGGCCAGGAGAGCAGCUACUACCAGAGUUCGCUGUACCACCCGCCGGCCAGCACCACCACCUUGUGACAGUACCCCCUUGCCUAGGAGCAGGUGGAGCAGCACCCUAGGCAGCACCAGCAGCCCAACGGCCCCUACGCGGCCGCGGCCGCCGCGUGCAAGUACAGGUCGAGCAAAGUGAGCAGAAACACUGCAGCCUUUCAGUGAAAUCAAGUUUAUAGUGUGCUAAAAUUUAAAAAAAAAAAUCGUCUCUCCCAAAUGAAAAUCUCUUGCGCGCCUUUGUGGACGCUUUCGUUCUCUUUUAAUCGUGGACUCGGAAAGUGGCAAAUCUCAUUUUGUAUUUGUACCAUGUGCAUACGAUAAUAUAUUAUUGUAAAAUUAAUACAUAUUUUUAUGUGCCAGACUGCAGCCGCUGCUGAUUCGUAAUUGUUAAUUGGGAGCGCGCGCGAAAUCGGCGGCCGACUCGAUCAUUCGUGAAUGGUGGUGAUUCUUUUUUUCUUGAUUAGAUAAUUGAGAGCGCGCGUUUUGUUUGUCUUAUUGGUGAGUCACUUACUAUCUCUCUCAUCCACUCUCGAAAAAAAAACAA